GCUAUACGGAAGGAUCACUUCGAUGCGAGUGUUCCCAAAAUAAAUUCACAGAUGCAGGCUGCGAAAAGGCUUUUCUAGCUCCCCUCCCCACGCCCAGCCUCGCACCUGCUCCAGGCACCCCAAUCGCAGGACACAUGCAUCACGUGCCAUGUCCACCCCCGACAACAACGACUCCCCCCUCUCCAUCACCUCCUCCGUUACGGGGAUCCUCACCUUCCUCGUCGCCAUAACGGCCACAAUCUGGCUCCGGAUCUCCGCCAUCCGCACCGCCGACACCGAGUACUCGCGCGUCAAAACUGCCCUGAGCUGGUACAAAACCGAGUCAGAAUGGAUCCACGACCUCGUCGCCACGCAGCGAGAUGCCCAGGACAGGAGCAGGGGGAGUUUCGAUAGUUAUUUCUUGGAUAAGGAUUUGGCUUGGAGGGAGAAGGGGAGGGGGAGGCAGAGGGAAACGGAGAUGUAUGUUUUUGUGCUUGAUCAGCUUGGGACCCUCGAGGCGAGGUUGUUGGAGAUGGUUACGGCGGUGGAGGUUAAGGCGGAGGGGAGCUGGAGGGAGUGGCAGGGGGAAGGGCAGGGGGCGGGGUGGGGAGGGGGGGCGAAGAGGUGGUGGAGGAGGACGAGGAUUGGGGUUUAUUGGUUGCCGGUUAGGACGAAGGCGUUGGAGUUGGUGAGGCAGAGGGAUGCGUUGGGGAAUAGGGUUUUGUUUGCGCAGUUGGCGAUGGUUUCUUCGAGGUUGGCGGAUGGGGAGGAGAGAGCGAAUAGACAGGAUGAGAGGAUUAGGGAGUUACUGGAUACGGUGAGGUCGUUUGAUGAGAGGUUGCCGUGA